CGCUCUGCGUCUCUUCUUCUCGGGUUCAUUUGCGCCAUGGCGGCUCCAAGCCUCGGCGACUCAGGCCUGCUUGCGGGGAGCCUAUUGUGCCUGCUUCUUUCGACCAACCUGCGACCCCGGCAGGUCUGUUAGUACUGGGGGAACCUGGUGCGGGGGCUGCAGGCAGCCCAAGGCAGUCUUUCUGCAUGGAAGCUCCUGGAGAUGAUUUGAUAGUUUCAGCUUCAGCAAGAGAAUGCCCUAUUUUGACAUCUUUCUGUCAUCAUAACUUGUGGUAACAGCAGUCCUGUCCUGGAUUUCUAAAUAGUGAAGCAUCUGGAGUUACAAUCAUGACUUCAAGACGAACAGAUGUUCCUGCUAUAGAACAUGGCUCUGGAAGCCUUCUAGGGAAGAUAUCCCAGCCAAUUGGAAUGAGUCGUCGGGCAUUCAGUUACGAUGAUGCCCUGGAAGACACAGCGCCAAUGACCCCUCCUCCUUCAGACAUGAUCUCCAAUAUCUUGUGGAAACAACCAGUCAUUCCAGAACACAAAUACGAAAAGCUUUCCCAGGUUGAGGAAGGGGAGACUAGCAUGCAUUCCUCUGCCCAAAUCCCCUCAUCUUCCUCUGAGGUGAACAAGAUACCAGUAGUGAAGGCCAAAGCCACCCACAUCAUCAUGAAUUCUCUCAUUGCAAAACAAACCCAGGAGAGCAUUCAGCGAUUUGAACAGCAGGCAGGGCUAAGAGAUGCUGGAUACACUCCACACAAAGGCCUAACUGCAGAAGAAACAAAAUAUCAUCGUGUGGCUGAGUCAUUCCAUAAUUUGAAGAUGCAAAGUGGAGAGAUGGUAAAAGAAGAUAAACAGGCCUCUUCUGCCCAGUCCACACCAAGCAGUACUCCUCAUUCUUCUCCCAAGCGCCCAUACAGGGGCUGGUUUAGUCAUGGAACUUACGCUUCUGUCACUGGUCCUGAUCGUGCUUCCAUGGAUUCCAACAGUGGUGAAGCUGUACCACCUGAAAAAUGGAGCAUUUUUGGACCUAGAGCUCUUCAGAGACCUACUACUGAGUCAGGGGGCUUUACCAUUCAGACAUAUAAAGGUGUUCCGAAGCCAUCUCCAAUGGAACUGAUGCGUGUACAGGCCACCAGGAUGUCAGAGGACUCUGCAAAUUUCAAGCCUCCCAAGAUGGAUAUUCCACUCAUGGAAGAAAAAAGGCGGUCUCCACAUUCUCACAAUCUUAAACCCCGGGACUUGAAUGUGCUUGCUCCUUCUGGAUUUUAGAAGUAUUUCUACUUAAAUGGCUCAAGUAUGUUCUUGCUGUCUGACAUGGUUUUAGGGUACACUCCAUUCCACUCACAUAUCCCUGAUAAAAAAAGACAACUCUAUGCCUUCUAGCUCAGAAUUAUAAAUGGUGAUGAAAUGAGGCCUGGGCAGCUUUCUGAAUUUAUUGCUUUUUCCCUCUCAAAUGGCUCUCUGGGUACACUAUAAAUCAAAGUGAUCCUACCAGUGAAAUUUUAUGCAACUACACUUUAAAAAGAAAAGCUACAAAACUGUUGAAGCUGUUUUGAAUAUUGUGCUCCCACUACUAGAUAUUCACGCCAGAUUACCAAUAGACAGUGCAUUAUUUUUUAAUAUCUAAUUUUUUUUGAGCUUGAAGGGAAUGUAGGAAAAAAAGAGGAAAUGUAAUGUUUUGCUAAGAUGUUGUUCCUUGAAGAAUUAUUCUUCAAAUGCAGACACUCUUGCUCUUUUCAAACAUAAAAGUUCCAUGUCUUAAGAAAGUUUUAGAAGUAAGUAAGUUCCCCUUCUAGUCCUGUGGCAUGAAAUAUGGUAUUAUUUGUGGUGGGUUUUUCUGUUGCUGAAAUCAAAUUAUUCAGCAUGAAGUUGAAUGUAGGCAAAUUCCUUCAUUCCUAGUUAGCCAGACUGUUUUAAUAAGGGAGUCACAGAACUGAGAUCCCUUGGAGUUUGAAAAUUGUAGUCAUGCUUUCUAUGAAAAGAAUGUGAAACAGAUUAUCAUAGAAAGUACAGCAGUCAUUCCUAUUUAGGCUUCCUUGGGAGGCAAAGGAAUCCAAAAUAAAAUUACUUAAUAGAACAUGGGAAGAUUUUAAUUCAUUUGCUCAGUGUGUGAAUGUUGCUAUUAAUGAUUGAUUAAACACCUAUUUUCACAGAUUUCUAUUUUAGAUUAAUUCAUUGAAAGAUAAAAGUGUUUGGUAUAUGUUCUAAGGCAAAGGGGCAUAUAUUGUUUCUUUUUUUUUAGUCUAAUAUUAAGCUGUUGAAUGACAUUACAGCAGUGAGACUGCAGCUUAGAAGCAUUCCAUUAUAUAAAACCUUUUUUUCUUGAACAGCAAAUUUGAGACUUUCAUGAACCUUUUUUUAGGUCCUAAGUUGGCCCUACGUCCUAUUAAAUCCAAAUUUUGUUUCCUAUGAAUUGUGGGUGCUGAUAUAUGUGACUUAACAAUCCAGCUUCACCUUUUUUCUUCACAAUAGCUGCAUCUUGAAUUUGCAUUGCUUUGAUAGUGCUGUGUCAGCUCAUCACUGUUGUACCCAGGAGACAGUGAUCCUGCUUCUUGGUUAAUGUUUAAUUUAUUUGGUAGUGUUUUGGGCUCAUGUCUCUAUGCCUAAUACUUUUGCAGAAUAAACAAACAUGAAUUAA